UCACCUACUUUCUUAACGGAAGUAAAUGAUUUUCAUUCAUAACGAAACAUGUUGCUCAUUGAAGUGAAAAGUUUUGAUGUAUUUACAGCUAGACAGAAUAAGAAUGGAUAAAAUUUACCUAACUUUCUCGUAAUGAUACGAGUUGGUCUUGGGGAAUGUGGACCAUGGCUAAAAAGAAUGGACUAAGAAGACAACAUUUUGCCGGAAUUGUGUUAGGAUUAUGCUUUGGAAUAAUUUUAUCAUCUUGGUGUAGACAUAAGAUAUUACCUUGUGCGCCAUUGGCAGGUAAAUGUUGUCGCACAAUCCAUGUAAACUAUCAUGUCAACAUUGCCGUUGAUCACCUCGAAUUUCACAAUAACCAUGCUUUACCAGAAGUUGUGGUAAAGAAAUCAAAUGAAGGCUUAGAUUUAAACAGUUACAUCAACAAAAAUGACAAAAAUUUCCUUCUUAUUGGUGUGAUUACAGCAAAAAAAUAUCUUGAUACCAGAGCCGUUGCUGCAUUUAAUACUUGGACCAAUUCUUGUAGCGGAUCCUGCAAAGUAAUCUUUUUCUCCAGUGAAGGAUCAACAACUGAAAAAGAAAUUCCACUGGUUAGUUUAGACGGUACUGAUGAUUCCUAUCCACCUCAGAGAAAGUCUCUUUUGAUGUUGAAAUACAUGCAUGAUAACUAUAUUAACAACUUUGAGUGGUUCAUGCGUGCUGAUGACGAUGUUUUUGUUAAAGGGGACAAAAUUGAAAAAUUUCUACGCUCUGUAAACAGCUCGGUUCCCCAUUUCAUUGGUCAAGCUGGUUUAGGAAAAAAAGAAGAAAUAGGGAAACUUUUUUUGAACAGACAUGAAAACUUUUGCAUGGGAGGUCCUGGAAUUCUGUUCAGCCACACUACUUUAAGGCAUGUUGGCCCACAUGUACACAAUUGUAUUGACAACUUGCUGACGACUCAUGAAGAUGUUGAAGUUGGUAGAUGUGUACGUAGAUAUACUGGUUCAUCCUGCACCUGGGCAUUUGAGAUGCAGAGUUUGUUUUACCAGAAUUAUAAAGAAGAGAAAGGAUCGUUUAAAACAACACUCAAAGACAAAUCAGUGAGAAAGGCAUUAACUCUUCACUCUAUAAAGGAUCCACAACAGCAGUACAGAAUACAGAAUUAUCUUCAUUCCUCUCAUAUACAAGAUCUACACCAGAAAGAACUUUAUUUACAAAGGGAGAUAACUCAAAUUGAACAAAAUUUAGGCAUUUUGAAACCAACAGAUAGCAUCACAAGACAAGGGAUGAUGCCUUCAUUGACUAAAUAUAAACCAAAAGUAAGAGAUGAAGUAUUGACAUGGGACUUCCUGUCUAAAUCUAUUAUGUCUCAUAGAAAUUUAAAUCCUAAACGUGGUAUAAAUAAACCUUUAAAACAUGCUUUAGAAGACAAUAUCAAUCAAGUUUUACAAAUCAUGAAUAAAAAUGCACGACAGAAAGGGAGGACAAUAGAUUAUAAAGAUUUGUGGUACGGAUAUCGUAGAGUUAGUCCCCUUUAUGGUGCUGACUAUAUACUAGAUCUGUUGCUUACGUACAGAAAGCAUAAAGGGAGAAAAAUGACAGUCCCUGUAAGAAGACAUGCUUAUCUUCAUCAGACAUUUGGGGAGGUAGAAUUCAUUGAGGAUCCUGCCACUGCUUCCUCAAACAUUGAAUACAAAGCAUCAAAUUCGCCGUUUACAUUUAGCAGUUUAGGUCAAGGUGGGAAAUCAUCGGAAAUCAUUCAUUUCAUUUUGCCGCUGGCUGGCAAAGUACCUGUAUUUAAAAGAUUUAUGCAAAACUAUGAGGAAGUAUGUCUCAAAACCAAAGAAGCAACACAGCUUCACAUUGUUGUGUUCAAUAGUGAGUCCGAUUCAUCAUCAAUUAAAUCACUGAUCAGUAUUGUUGGUCAAUAUCAAAAAAGGUACGGUGGUUCAGACAUUGAAGUCAUUUAUGCAGAUGGUCCAUUUGCCAGGGCGAGGGCUUUGGAUCUUGGAAUGUCUCAGUUAAAUGAGGAUUCUCUACUUUUCUUUAUAGAUGUAGACAUUCUAUUUGAUAGAGAUGCAUUGUUAAGAAUACGUUAUAAUACAAUUAAAGAUAUUCAAGUGUAUUAUCCUAUAGUCUUUAGUCAGUAUGAUCCAUCAUUAAUUUGUUCGAAUUCAGACUCAUGUGACAUUAAAUGGACCAAUUUCACAUCAGAUCUUGGAUAUUGGAGAAGCUUCGGUUAUGGCAUUGUUAGUACCUACAAACGAGAUCUUAUAUCUGUUGGUGGGUUAGACACUUCCAUCAAGGGAUGGGGGAAAGAAGAUGUUGACCUUUAUACAAAGUUUGUUGAAAGUAAUUUAACGUUAUAUCGUAGCAUAGAUCCCCGGUUAGUCCAUGCAUUCCAUCAAGUCAUCUGCGAUGCUAAACUGAAUGAUGUACAGUAUCAGAUGUGUAUAGGAUCGAAAGCAUCUAGUUUUGGAUCGCAAUGGCAGCUUUCUAAUAUUGUAUUUAGUAUACCAGAUAUUUUAGACAAGAAAGAUGGAAGGAGAUAAUAUUGAGUUGUUUUAUUUAGAAAUUUAUUAUUAUUUUUUUUGAAGAUUUUUAGCAAUUUAUAUAUUUCAUUGUCUUUUUUUCACACAUACAUUCAUUUAAUAUAUUUUGUUAUGUAGAAAAAACAUAUUUGUGAAAAUGUGGUGAUGCAUACAGGCUUAUGUAAUUUUGAAUAAAUAAUUUCAGAUGACUGCAAUAUUGUACUAUCCAGCAUUAUCAGUAUUUUAUCCAUCAAAAUGUGUAUGAAGAUGUGUGAAGUCAGUAUUUUUGUAAAUACAUUUUUUUUGUCAUGGUUGAUAUUUUUAUAUCAUAGCCAAAUGUGUUGUAUUAUCGUUAAUAUGCACAAAGCUGCCAAAUUAUUUUUAUUGUAUUUAUUUGAUUGUAAAAUUUUUUAUAGUUGUACAUGAAAGUAUGUGAGGGCUUUAAAAAUCAUGCCUGGUGCUGACACUAAAAUUUAAAGAAAAUAUGUACCUUUACAGUUACAAUUUACCACAUCUGGGCAAAUUAUUCAUGACUUUGUAAAUUGUAAGGAACUUGCUGUGGAUUCUUUUAUUUUUUUGUGGGUUUCCAAUCUUCCUGGAUUAAAGAAAAAGUGUAUUUUCAUGGAUACUUGAUUGUCUUGUUUUACAUGUUUUAAGAAUUUCUACAUGCAAGUCUAUGGAAAAUUUGCAUAUAAGUUGUGGUUAACUUUUACGUACAAUCUUGACAAUCCAUGAAUAAUGAUGAACCAACAGCCUCUUGUAACAUCCUCCUUAUGGUACAUCUGUCAUGAGUAAAAAUGUUUGUGUUUUGAUCUUAUCUGCAAUCCAUCUCAAGUGUUACUUUAGAAGGUAAAAAUUUUAAUCUUUCAUCUAUAAGGCAAAGGGACAUUACCAUUGAGAUGAUUGACCUGUUUUCCUUAUGCUGGAUGGAGUUCAGUCAAUUUUUAUCUAAUAUGAAAACUCUAUCAUGUCUAUGUACAAUAUUGUUAAUACACCAAGUAUUUGAUUUUGAUCAUAUUUGAUUCCUUUGUCAUAAUAUUUUGGGUGUUAAUCUCAUUACUGUUUGAUUGGCUGCAUUAUAGUUGUGUUUUUAUUAUGCCUCCGCCGUAGCGGAGGGGGCAUUAAGUUUUACCCUUGUCGGUCUGUACAUCUGUACGUACAUACGUCCUGUAGUUGGUUUCCGUUCUCUAACUUUAAUUUGCCUCAACCAAAUGUUAUGAAACUUAUACACAAUGCUUAUUACCACAUAACAAAUCAAGUUUGAAUUUUGGUGGUGUCACUUCAACGGUUCUAGAGUCAUGCCCCUUUACAAAUGGAAAAAUUUUGCAAUUUUUCAUUUCCAUUCUCUAACUUUAGUAUGCCUCAACCAAAUGUUAUGAAACUUAUACACAAUGCUUAUUACCACAAAAUACAGAUCAAGUUUGAAUUUUGGUGGCGUCACUUUAAUGGUUCUAGAGUUAUGCCCCUUUACAAAUGGAAAAAUUGCUGAAUUUUUCAUUUCCGUUCUCUAACUUUAGUUUGCCUCAACCAAAUGCUAUGAAACUUAUACACAAUGUUUAUUACCACAAAAUACAGAUCAAGAUUGAAUUUUGGUGGUGUCACUUUAACAGUUCUAGAGUUAUUAUAAAUAUAUUUCACACCUUUGGUUUUUGUUUAGCAUUGUUUGGCCCAAGGUACACCUAAAUUUGUAUGUAUAUGUCUGCAAGUGAAGUUCUGUAGGAUCUAUGUAGAAUCUCUGUCUGUUGAUGGUUUGGUAGAUUUCACAGAACUGGGGUAGUUCACUAUAUGAUAUUGUGCAUCAUGGGAAAUCAAUCGUGUUAAAUUUAGACUAAAUUUUAUUAAGUUUUCUAUCUUUUGACUUGGAAGACAUGUAGUAUCAGUAUAAAUUUGAGAUAAUUGUUCAUAUUUGAAAUGUACACUGCUUGGCUUUAUGAAAAUCAGAGAUGAAUAAAGAUAGCUAGUACUGUUUUCAGAUAAAUUGAAAAAUAUUGAAUAAGUUAAAAAUGUACCUGCAUGCUGGCAUCAGUUUGAUAGGUUGGAAUACAUACCACUUUAAACAGUAUACAUUAAUUUGCAACCAUAUUCUCACUAAACUAAGACUGGCACAACUGGGUUUAAAACUAGUUUUAUUUUACACCAAAAAUGAGUUGUAUAGCAUCAGCCAUGUCAGUGAUAUGUUUUGAAUAAAUUCCAUAGUCAUGUUAUCCAACAAAAUUUUGAAUUGUAUUUGAGAGAUUUUCACAAUGAUCCAAACUAAAAUUUACUUUAUAAUAUUGUGUGUGUCUGUUGGAAUACUUGUAAAUUUGUAAAUACGAUUGUUUUCAUGUGUAUGUGAGUGUGUAUUUUAGUCAUUGUUGUACAUUUGUGUAAUAAAUAGUAUUGUAUUGCAUAAAGUUUUUAAUUUGUAGACCAAUUAUGGUUGUAUAAAUUUGUAAUAUGGCCUUUACACAAAGUAUAUUUUUAAUAGCAUUUAAUAUGAGUAUUAAUUUUCCUAAUUGUUACAUGUACAUGCUAGUGUUACUCUUCAAACUUAUUUAUAAAGUCGGAACUGUUGAAAUCAUACCGAAUAAGCUUGAACUAUUUGCCAUUGAACAUUAGGCAAUCAAUUUUAAUCAAAGAAAUCUUAGAAUUAAAAUAAAGUAUGUAGUCUGAAAACAUAGGUUGAAAUUUUAGAUACAUUGACUGUACUUUGUUAUGCAGUUUUUACUUUGUCAGUAAAUAUACAUGUGCCUUUACUUCAGUCAUAUUUAAAUGAAAUACAGUCACAUAGUUUUUAUAGUCUUUUUUUUCAUGAAAUCUUUUAAUUUCGUUGUUUGUAAUCAAGAGAUGUGUGAUAGACUUUUUAAUCAAAAGCUUCCAAUUUAAUCAAAUGGAUUUGUAUGUAUUGCUAGCUUGACUGACAAAAAAUUGGUAUCAGGUUUAUAAAAUGAAUUUAUAUACAUGUACCAUGUAUGAAUUUGUAUUUUACACUGCAGAAUAAAUUAUCUGUUUCUCAAUUUCUUUUUUUUUUAUAUAGAUAUUUGACUGAUGUCUUCCUGGAUAUAACUUUACUCUAGUGAUCAGAUGUCUCAACUGUUUUAGUUUUUCUUCGAAUUUAUACUUUUAAACACCAUAUAAGGUAUAUUGGAACAUGAAAUUUUUUUUUUAAGAAGUUAUUUUUCAUCUCACAAACAGCUUUACUUUCAAUUAUAGCUUGGCAUAGUGUAAAGAUAUUUGUCUAUUGUUGCUGACUAUGUUGGCCUAGAUUUUUUUUUAUUCUUUAUGUUGUUAGGUUGCUGUCUCAUUGACAUUUCUACCAUUUCGUUUUAUUCGUUUCUUACACAACACUUUAAUGAUAUAGUUAAAAAAAAAAAUCUGUUUGUUAAUUCUUAGUUUGGUUGAUAGAAGGAGAUUGCAUAGAUGUACACGAUAUAGAGACAGUUUUUGAAGUUGUGUGCAAUGUUUAUAUUAUUUUAUAGAUUUUAUAUUCAAAUAACCCACCAAAGUUAUUUUUUAGAUGAUAACCCUUUAGACCAUCACUGUGAUAGAUGAACUGCAUGAAUCUUAUUUAAUAGUAUACAUGAACAUACAAGUUUAUAGAUGUCUUUUGUCAUCUUAAUUUUUAUGCCCCACCUACGAUAGUUUGUCUGUUUGUUCGUCCGUCUGUCCCGCUUCAGGUUAAAGUUUUUGGUCAAGGUAAUUUUUGAUGAAGUUGAAGUCCAAUCAACUUGAAACUUAGAACACGUGUUCCCUAUGAUAUGAUCUUUCUAAUUUUAAUGCCAAAUUAGAGUUUUGACCCCAAAUUCACGGUCCACUGAACAUAGAAAAUGAUAGUGCGAGUGGGGCAUCUGUGUACUAUGGACACAUUCUUGUUUUAUCUAAUGUAAAAUUACACUUUCCAUCAUUCAUCAAUCUUCAUGAACUUGUACAUACAAAAACAUGUACAUGUAUGAUUACCAGAACCUUAUAGACAUUGCAUUAGGAAGAGGGCACAAACCUUUUUUUUAUGUUUUCCUCCUUUUUUUUGUCUUCUCAUUCUCAAUAAAGUAAAAAUUCGAAAUUGCAAUAUUGAAAUCAAUUUACUGCUAUAAUCGUUCAAAUGCAUUUCUGUUUUCUGAAAGAAUUGCUUAGCAUUUUUCAUGCUCCCCAAAAAAUUGUAAAUUUCUAUGACUUACAGGUCAGAUUUAAUUUUCACUAUUCAAUAAAGAGUUAUGCCCCCAAAAGCAGUUCAAGUUACCUUCUGACAUUUAAAAAAAAAAAAUAUAAAAUGAUGAUGUUUUCAAUGUUACCCCUAGUCCAAAUUAUAUAUGCAAGUACCAUGUGAUUAUUUGAUAAUGCUAUUAUUCACGUUAAAAUAAAAAAGAUGUGAUUGCUGUUGUCAGAAGUCUAUUAUUUUAUAAGUGCCUUGAAGACAUGGAUUUCUGCUUUAAGGAAUCAAUACUAUAACUAAAAGAUCACUUUAAAUAUUGGAUUAAACUUAGCCAUUUGUUUGGAAAUCUUUUGGAUACAGCAUAAAUAAUUAAUUUUGGUACUGUAUCAGGAUAUGUAUCCAUACAUGUCAAAUCUCAAGAUAUCAGUGGGAACCGUUUAACCCAAUCUUCUGACAGGGUUGUGUCAUCUUAUAAAAAUAAAAAAAUAUUGUAACAACAUUGUUUCACCAAUAUAGAGUGCCUUAAGUAGCUGACAUGUUGUUUUAGCAAAAAGCAAUUAAUUUGUAAUUUGAUCCAUUUGAAUGUGGAUUGUAAAAAAAAAAAAAAACUACCUAAACCAAUAAAAACUGGCUUGCGAAAUAGCCAACAGUGCUGAAAGUGGCAUUAAACACCAAUCAAAUUAAUCAAUCAAUAUUAAACCUUUAAAUAUGGAGGGACUCUCCUAAUUUGGAAGUUAGAAAAUUUGACACUGUGUGCAUCUGAUUUUAGUUUUAUUUAAGUGAUGUCCAUAAUAUUUAAUAUUAAUAUUUAGUAUUGCCAUAAUAUUAUUCAAUAUGGAACUGAUGCAUAAAUAAAUUAUGCAUAUGUUUAACUAACAAAGAUUGUUGAUUAAACCAUAAAUUUAUGCCAACGUUAAAAACGUUAAUAAUGUAAUACAAAUAGACAGGAAAUACGAAAAAAAGAUUUGAAAAACAUUGAUUAACAAAAUUCUAAUCUGCUAACCGAGUCCCUGUGGAUUAAACCAGUGCAAUGAUGUUACAUGUAACUUAUAGUUUAGCUAGUGUGAAUCUCACUAAUUGUUGGCAUUAUAAGUAAUGUGAUGUCCUUGGAAUAAUAUUUUAUUUACAAAAUUGUAUUGUAAGUUUGACGGCAAACACAUAUUGCUGUAUUUUUUUAUACACCAUAUGCUAUUUAUUGCUUACAAUCAUACAUAUGAUUCUUCAUGUCAAAUUGUCUUUAUCACACCUCAGAAUUAUUCAUCGUUAGUUACUAUUUUUUAUUAAAUAAUCCUUUUGCUUCAACAGUGAUUAAAAUUCAUGGUCAUCGUAUAUUGAUUGUUUCAUUACUAAUAAAAAUCCUGGUACAUCUAGACAUUAGGAGAAAAUUUACCACAAUUUGUUUUUAUUUGAAAAUUACUUUCAAUAUAUGUGAAACAAGAUCAAUCAAACUUAUAAUUCAUUUAUUGUAUACUUACAAAAUGUCUUGUUAAUUUACUGUGCAUAAUGUUAACAAUGUUUCAGCAGUGUGAGAUAAAUGUUUGUGAUAUUCUGCUGAAUAAAGGAUUUAUUUUAGAAA